CGGUUCGGAUGGCUUCUCUGUGCGCUUUGCGGGACGAACGGCCGGCGUGGAGAAGGAGGAGGAGGAGGAGGAAGAGGAGGAAGAGGGAGGCUGCAGCUCGGUGUCGGGGAGCCCCGCUUCCAGCCGAGCGACGCCCGCAGCUCCCCGUCUCCCUCACGAAAGAGGCGGCCCCGGCGGUGAGCACCGCUUCGGCUCCUCGGAGGGGACGAGGUUCAAUGUAAUCUUAUUGGGCACCAGCAGUGGAACUGUUCAAAAUGGUUUAUGGUGAAUUUUUCCGCAGACCUGGCAAAGAUGCAGAACUUAUCAAUUUGAAUGUGGGUGGCUUUAAGCAAUCAGUGGAUCAAAGCACUUUGCUCCGAUUUCCUCAUACCAGACUUGGGAAACUUCUCAAAUGCCAUUCAGAAGAGGCUAUUCUAGAACUAUGUGAUGAUUAUAGUGUUGCAGAUAAGGAAUACUAUUUUGACAGGAAUCCCUCCUUGUUCCAAUAUGUUCUGAACUUUUACUACACUGGCAAACUUCAUGUCAUGGAGGAACUUUGUGUCUUUUCCUUCUGCCAGGAAAUAGAGUACUGGGGGAUAAAUGAGCUGUUUAUUGAUUCCUGUUGCAGCAAUCGGUACCAGGAGAGGAAAGAAGAAGGUCCUGAAAAAGACUGGGAUCAGAAAAGCAAUGACAGAAGCUUUGACUCCUCCAAUGAAGAAUCAUCCAUAUUUGAUAAGGAGCUGGAAAAGUUUGAUAAUCUGUGCUUUGGUGAAAUAAGAAAGAAGAUCUGGGUCAGAAUGGAAAAUCCUGCAUACUGCUUGUCUGCCAAGUUAAUUGCCGUGUCCUCCUUGAGUGUUGUCCUGGCAUCAAUCGUGGCCAUGUGCAUUCACAGCAUGCCCGAAUUUCAAAGGCUGGAUGCCAAUGACAGAGAGAUUGAAGACCCUGUGCUGGAAGCUGUGGAGAUUGCGUGCAUCAUCUGGUUCACUGCUGAGCUAGUGAUCAGGCUCAUCACCGCUCCAAGUCAAAAGAAGUUCUGGAAGAAACCAUUGAAUAUCAUUGAUUUUGUCUCUAUUAUCCCAUUUUAUGCCACCUUGGCUGUGGACACAAAGGAAGAAGAAAGUGAAGACAUUGAAAACAUGGGGAAAGUGGUGCAGAUCCUGCGAUUAAUGAGGAUAUUUCGCAUCCUGAAACUGGCCAGGCACUCUGUAGGACUGCGGUCUUUAGGUGCUACUUUGAGACAUAGCUACCAGGAAGUUGGACUUCUCCUUUUGUUUUUGUCUGUUGGGAUUUCUAUUUUUUCAGUUCUUGUCUACUCAGUGGAGAAGGAUGAUGACUCUUCAGAACUGCACAGCAUCCCCGUUUGCUGGUGGUGGGCAACCAUCAGCAUGACUACUGUUGGUUAUGGGGACACUUACCCAGUCACACUUGCUGGAAAGCUGCUCGGCACCUUAUGCAUUAUCUGUGGGAUACUAGUGGUGGCACUUCCAAUCACCAUUAUUUUCAAUAAGUUCUCUAAGUACUACCAAAAGCAAAAAGAUAUUGACCCAGACCAAUGCAACAAUGAUCGCAAAGAGAAAUGUAAUGAUCUACCUUAUUUUAACAUUAGAGAUAUUUAUGCAAAAAAGAUGCACUCAUUCAUUUCAAGCCUUUCCUCAGUAGGAAUCGUAGUCAGUGACCAAGAUUCAACAGAUGCCUCCAGCAUCCAAGAUACGGAGGAUGUUUAUCACACAGCUACUUUAGAUAAUGGUGCAGGAAAAUGAGUGGAAUCACUUUCUCUUUUCCUUAUUUUUCUUUUCUGAGUCCUGGUAAACAUGGACUUAAAGACUUCAGUGAAUUUAUUAAGUGCAUUUAAUUCUCAGGGUACUUAACUCUUAGCCAUAUUUGGACAUUCUUUGCUCUGAGGAUGCCAUACAAGCUUCGUCGGUUAUAGGAGGCUUUAAAAUAUGCCUCAUGUGGUAGUUUGGUUUUUACACAACAAAUGAUAUGUAUUUUCUUUGAGGAAAAAAGUCAGGAAAACAGUUUUAAAUGUGAGGUCAUUGUUUCCUGCAGCAAUAUGAUGGCUUACACAGAAUCUUGCUGCUGUUCAAGUAGAUGUAUAUUGCAAACACAUAAAACCUAUGGCACAUCAGUGGAGUUUGUACUGAAAAUAUAUCAGAAGAAAGAAGGAACUAUCUACGUGUAAAGCUGUGCUCACUAACACAUUCAUGUAAUCCUGGAAUUGGGAACCAACUUGGGACAGAAAAUGUAUUGGUACAUAGUGUUCUUAAUCCAUGGCAGCAUAAUAUUUAUGAAUUUCUUUCCAAAAGCACAAUGCAUUCUUAUUUUGUUAAAAAAAAUAAUCCCAUUGUGCCUAUAUUUUUCCCAGUGUCCCACCUCUAGCAUGGACAAGCUCUGUCAAGUCCUGAAGGUUCUAAACCAUGUGCACCAGGAUGAAACUUGAGGCCUAAGGCCAGCCAGGAGCUUAUUGUACCUUUUAGCCGCCAUCUCUGCCAUUGCAAACCUGAGCUGUUUUAGUGCUUGGAGAGGAUCCUACUGUGAUUAUGACUUCCUCGGAGGCUUUGUUUUGUGGGCACUGAAGUGAACUGCCAUGGUGGACUUCAGAAGUUACUGCUGCGUGCUGUCAGCUCUGCUCCUUUGCUGGAGGAAGCUUCCUCAGUGGGUAACAGCAAACAUGAGCAGCAUCUUGCUGCACUGGUUCCCAGUCCAGGGCUUUAAUGCCAAGCACUGGAGAUGUGUGGAAAUGCUCUCCUGUACUAUGUAUUUCCCAUCAGCGGUAGGGUAUGAACUGCAUGUGGGCAUGCAUAUGUUAACCUAUUGCAGGUCAUUUUCUGAAGCUCAUCUGUUGGGAAUGGCAGCCGUCCUGGCUUGUGCUAUGGGCUGGAGCAGUGCUCAUGGCCUGGCAGAGCUCUGCAGCACUGUGUGUUCCUCUUCUCUCCAGGGAUUUCUUAUGCAGCCAGCUAAUCCUGCUGUGGUUCAGACUGCACUUUCCAGGGGUACGUGAAGGGAAAGCUGGCACUGAAAGCCCCCCAACCAAGGAAUGCUUAAGAAACUUCGGAAUCUCAGAAGUCAGUAAUACUUCUGAACACUUUUUUUUUUUUUUUUUUUUUUUUUUUGUAGUAGAUGCUGGGCAGUGAAGAAUCCAAGCUACUGUGAUGUUGAUGUUUUGCUUAAAGAAAGACUUCACUGGUUUUUUGUUGUUAUUAUUAUUUUUUUAUAUCAUUUAAUCUCUAAUGGGCUGAAUCCUGGUAGCCCUUAGUCAGUCUCUAUGCAGGCAGAUCAAACACAGUAGGAGCUGACUUCAAGACUGAAUAAACCCAGGCGGGAGCCCAUUUCUAGCCUCUGCAGAGCAGCUCAGAGGGCUGUUUUUUCAGGUGUGUAUCAGGAUUUCUGUUGUAAAGUACAUUGAGUUGCACUGAUACUUUCUGAGGCACAGAGCUCCAACCUCUCUGCAGGUCAGUGAAACAAAAGAGAACGGGAUGGACUACCUAUAUCUUGAAAAGAGGUGUUCUUCAGGACGGUUGUGCACCAGUAUAGUUGAGACUAUAUGUGAGACUUGGGACACUUUGAAUUUUGGAGAAACUUCAGAAUUUGGAUUAUUAUUGGCUGAGUGUCUUAAGGGUAUGUGAUGCUUCACAGGUAAUCAAAAUUAAUUCUUCCCAUUGUAAAUGCAGGAAAACCAAAAGGGAAAGUUAGCCUACAUGUGUUUUGUUCUUAGCGAACAGUUAGCAUUACAAAGAUGCAAUGAUAUAAAAUAAUAAAUAUGUAUGUGCAUAUGAAUGUAAUAGGAACCAGCAGAAUAACAAUAUAAAAAUUGCUCUGUCCAAAGAAACUCUCUUGGUGUAAUCCAUAUGUAGAUCAUGUCGUUGAAAUUUAAAAGCAAUGAAAAAAUAUUGUAAUGCAACAAAAACAGCAAGAAAUUUGUAUUAAACAGCUGAAAAAACCUAGUAUUGAAAAAUCUCUUUUUGUAUAUUAAGCAUUACACAGAAAUGGUACUAAACAGUUAUUUGUCAUAAACUGAACUACCCUUGAUCAGUCACAUAAGGAUGUGGCACAAAGUUUCUCUGCCUUUUUCCGGAUAAAUUGACCUUGCACUGCGGUGAGGCAUGUCUUUUAGACUGUGUAAUAGGAGGGAACCCUUGUGCCAUGCAAAGUGCUAUUUUGAUAUCUGUGUUUUUCAGAAAAGGCUUUGUUGUAAUCUUUCUCCUUUCCCAUAAAUGAGAGCAGGGUGUGAGCUGAAAGGUGCUGCUCUCAAAGCAGAACGUCAAGUCCUAUAAUGUGCAAUGGUACGAGAAAGUGACACAAAUCUUGAGUACCAUAAAAAGCAGAUGAGAGUAAGUACAGAGAUGCUGGGUGGUCUUUCUGCUGGUGGAAGUUUUACUAGAAGAAUUUUCUAUCAAAAACUGAACAUAAGUGGGGACUUGUUUCCUAUUAAUGUCCAUUUUUUGUCUAGAGUUGUGUAUUAUCAAGAAAUAGUAUCAAUGGAAAGCAGAUUAAUGCUUUUGUUAUUCCUGUACCUUUUUCCUGUAUGCUUUUCUCUUUAAAAAUGCUGCUUAAAUUCUCUCCACCCAUCUGCUGUUUCAGAUAAAAAAGCACAGAAGAGGUUAUGUUCAGAUAUGUGUCCCAUUUUGCAUGGGAGGGAAUUGCUGGUCUUUAUACAAAACAGCUUCCUGGCACAUCAUUAGUUUCUUUGUCUUGAUGGCAAACACCGCCCUUUUGCUAUUCAGUUUUUCCACAGCAGCAUCCAUCCUUGUGUAGUUCUGUCCCAAAGCAGUGUAGGAAGGUUUAUGGCCCAGCAUGCUCCAGCUCAUGCUGGGAGCAGCUCUGCACUGCCACUGCUCUCUGGUGUGUAUUAUAGGAGCUGAAAAGCAGAUGUGGAGGUGUAAGAAAAGAAAGCUAUCUGAGUCCAGAAGGACAUCUCUCAUUCAUCUGGCUGGCAGCAGGUAAAGCUUAGCUGAGGUGAAAUGAGCAAACAGUCUUGCUGUUUAUAUUGGCACCCUUUUGGGUUGUGCUUUUUUUUUUUUUUUUUUUGGAGAAAAAGUCACAUAAAUCAGUGUGGCAUAAAACAGUGGCAGAGCCUAAACACCAGCUAAAUAAAUGAUAGCACAUCUGUGCUAAGCAAAGUAACAAAAUAUCUGCUACUUGUUAAGUAUAAUUAGUUUCAGGCACCAUAAUGCAAAAUAUUAACUAUUUAAAAAAUCAAAGAACGCUGAAAGUGUCAGGCAGGUCUGUCUGGUAAGAGCAACAUGCGGUCUCGUCUGGGCUGGGAUUUUGUGUAUUAAUGCAUUUAUUAAUUUCCACACAUCCUUAAUGAGCAGAGCAAGUGACAGAAACACUAAGCUGCAGAGAGCUUCUCUAAUGUUUUUUGAUUAGCUGACAGUGCUUUUGAAGCUGCUAAUACCCCUUCAUCCACAAAAGGACAAUUCUCAAACAAAAUCAAAACAACCCUGUGCUAGAAGUGCAAUUUGUGUUUGAUAGCAGUAGCUCAGCUGCAGUCAGUAAAUACUGCUGUCUGGUGCUCUAUAGCUGCAGUGCUGCUGCUUGUAUUGCUGAGAUGUUUAUGCUCUGUCAAUCAGGAGACAGCAGAUGCCAUUAAGCCAUCUCAGCACUUUCCCACUGCACCAUAAUUGCAGUAUCUCUUCUAAGCAUUCACGACUUGCUGAGACUUUUUUUUUUUUUUUUAAUUUCUGUAAAGCUGUUGUUAAUUUUUCAUGAUGGGCCUAUGGUCCAAAUAUGAUCUAGCAGAAGUCACUGUGUGCCUCUAGAUAGAAUCACAGAAUAUCCCAAUUUGGAAAGGAUCCCUAAGGAUCACUGAGUCCAACUCCCGGCUCCACAAACGACCAUCCAAAAAUCAGACCCUAUGCCUGAUAGUAUUAUCCAAAUGCUCCUUAAACUUUGACAGCUCAGCCCAGGGGAGCCUGUUCCACUGCCUGUGCCAAGGUCUGGCAAUCAGUGGAUAUUGCACCUGCACAUUCAUUCUUACUUUUUUGGUUUUGGGGUGCUAGUUUAUUUCAGGCUUCUGAAUGUCACACACACAGACAGUCACAAAACAGGUACAAAUGUGCUUUUCAGAGUUCUCCUUUGUAUGCACACUAGAAGCACGUGUAGGAAUGUCUGUCUCAUUGAGUGACUGGAAGUGCUUGGUAUAGGUUAAAAGAUUUUGCUAUUUACUUCCAAUCUGGAUGUUACCCUCCCACCCAGCUGAAAAAGGACAAACAGCAGUAAUUCUUAGUUAAGGAGUAAAAAGCAAAGCUCCUUUGGCUGUUCAGUAUAAUUAGAUUCAAUAUCAAACAUGAUUCCUUGAGGAACAACCUACAUGUCAUUUCUUUUUAAUUAAUAUAUUGGAGAGGGAAAUUUUUGCUUGAGAUAUUGGAAGCAAUGCAGAUUGAGGGCUCCUUCAUCUGUGUACACAUCGAUUUUCCAAAACCUCAUACACCAGUGGGACAGGGAGACUUUACAGGACCCCUGACAGGUCCAAACCUGCAGACCAAAGACCUGGUUGUGGAGGAGGUUGUGGAGCAGGGCUGGUUGUGGAGGAGAACUCAUCUCUGGCCCUGGCUUAAACGCUGUGCUAGGAAUGAGCUCAUUAACUAAUUCCGUGUUCUGCUGAUUAAAAGCAGUAACACGUGGUGACUUACUGACGUAAUCUGCUUUCACUGUUUCUUUAAGACUUUUCACAGAAGGACCAAAGAAUGUGAAUUGUAAUGUAAUAGCAUUACAAUGGUUUCAUGUCUAGUUAUUCUCUACUAUUUAAUAGCAUAUGUACUGAGUUUCCUAGUUAUUUUAUGACAUGCAUUGCUGUUUCCACUGCACGGCUUGUUAUAACUAGCACACAACUGUGCUGGAAAUUGUUAUGGCCUGAUUUAGUGUCAUUGUUCUAGGAGCUCUUUUGAGUCAGCACAGGCAAGGGCACCCUGGGCCGCAUUCGCUUCCCCCAACUUCAGCUAUUGUGUGGCUGGUCCUUUGGGCUUCCUUUGCCAACAGACAAAAACAGACCUCUUCAGGACACAGCACAUCUGGUGUGUUCAAAGGUCCUGACUGAAAAUGGGAGAAAUGUCUCUGUUGGAUAUGCAGUAAGAAAGCAAAGCAAUGGCCUGAAGUUGUGUCUGGGGAGGCUUGGAUUGUAUAUUAGGAAAAAUUUCUUCUUAGAAGGAGUAGUGAGGCACUGGCACAGACUGCCCAGGGAGGUCACCAUCCCUGGAGGCAUUCAAGGACUGUGGAGACUUGGCACUGAGGGACAUGGUUAGUGGGCAUGGUGAAGAUGGGUUGGGAUUGGAGUAGAUAAUCUUACUGGUCUUUUCCAACCUUGAUGAUUUUAUAACUCUAUGAUUCUAUAAGGAUAUAUGAAUUUGUUAGGCUAGAUGUCUGUCCUUUAGGUACUGAAAGGUAGAUGCGGUGCAUUCUAAACCACCGGACUAUCUACCAGUGCUAGACCAUCACUGAUGCUGCUGUCCUCCUCUGAGCAUUGUGUGUGUAGGAUGGACUGUGCUUCUGAUAUAGAUCUCUGAACCUGGGUGACACAGAGACAGACACAGGAAUUUAUGCUGAAUUCUGAAAGCUGCUCAGUGUUAGCAGCUGGGUAAGCAUUAAUCCUGUGUAGCAUUUCUGAAGCCAGCUUCCUCUGCAAGAAUCUUUUCCCCAGAAUCUUUGUUAGCUAUCUGUUAGUCUGGAAUAACCUGCAAGUUGAAGUUCAGCCUCCUGUAGUAAUUAAAAAAAUACACAUAAUAAAAUACCAGAGGGAGCAAACUUGUGUUGGCAGAGGCAGGCACAAUAUGCUGACAGUACUUUUGCAACUCAAAUUUGCAUUAUUUCUUGGCUUCCUGUAAGCUACAUAAAAUAUUCUGACUGCACCAUGUGUUAUAAAGUCUAUCCCUGUGCACUAAUAUAAAUAUAAUAAUGGAGCCAAAUCCCAGUAUUACAGCUGUGAAGCCAGAAAAAAAAUUCUGACCUUGAAGAAACUGCUGAAAUAUUGCUUGGCUACAACUGCUAAGGUUGUAGCUGUCUCAGUGGUAGGGAAAACAAGGGGCUGUGCACAGAUGUCGAUAGGUGGGCCUCCCUUUCCUCCUUUGCGGAUUCAGUUCUGAGCUCCUGGUGGUGCUGAGGGAGCUGUGUGGCACUGGGGACCACUCCUGAGGCUGUUAAGUUUGUGGCUAUCUGUCCCUAGGAAGGGGUGGGUAUCAGUCAGAGAAUUAGGUCUGCAUGAAAUAAAUAGCACUUUGGAAGGUGUAAUAUUAUCACUGAAUUCAAUGUCCGUCCUCCACACCCUCCUCCCCAUAUCCCUAAGAAGCAAUCUGGGAGAGAAAGCAGAAAUGAGGGAGAAGCUCAGGGCACUAGUAUUUAGUUGCAGCCAUUUGGAGGCUGCUAUUUGUUGUCUAAUCCAAGUGCUUUAGGGGAGUCACAGGUAAAGGUUUGUACACAGAGUUAAAGACAUUCCAUUAGCUGCAAGAAUAUAUUUUGUGUUGCAGGGACAAUAAUUCUCAAGGGUAGUUUCUGGGUGUGAUGCUGUAUCUGCUUUUCAUGCUGACUGGAGUUUGUAUUGUUCUGAAGUGUUAACAUGUGGGUUGAUGGUUGGAUCAGAUGAUCUUACUGGUCUUUCCAACCUUAAUGCUUCUGUGAUUCUAUGAUUCUACGUGCUAUAAAUCAUCACUGCAGAUUCUACCUCAUUUCAUAGAAACCUAGAAACUGUGAGCAUGAGGGGGUUCCGUCAGUUUCUCUCGUCCAGCAUUACUUUUGACAGCACAAAUAAUGUGUAUUUCAGUGAAUGGUGAUAGAACAAGAGGAAAUGGAUUCAAGCUAAAAAAGGGGAGAUUUAGACAGGAUAUAAGGAAGAAGUUUUUAAAGUAAGGGUAGUGAGACACUGGCACAGGUUGCCCAGAGGUGUGGUGGAUGCCCUAUCCCUGGAGACAUUCAAGGUCAGGCUGGAUGGGGAUCUGAGCGCCGAUGGAGCUGUAGGUGUCCCUGUUCAGUGCAUGGAGGUUGGACUAGAUAGUCUUUAAGGGUCCUUUCCAACUCAAAUGAUUCUAUGAUUCUGUGACUUCAGGCUGCUUUUUAUCAAAUAUUUGAAGACCAACUUAGGUUGUUCAGCAGGCAUAUAGAUACGUCUGGCAAUUCUGGGUGGCAUAACCCCAACCAUAAAAAUAACUGUCCAUCUCUUUGUUCUUUGUUUGUUUGUUUAUUUGUUGUCGUUGCUUUGAAAAUGACUUUGCAAUCUUGCAUAUUUGGAUUGUGGGAAAAAGUGUGGUGAGUAAAUAGCUCACUGUGCAAAGAGCCAACUUAGUGCUUGGAAGUGUGUGCAGGAAUUCUGUGUGAAGCAGGAGGGUGCUGGUGUUUGGGGGCAGGGCUCCAUGAGCCUCCUGGGUGGAAGGAAAAACUUUUUUUUUUUGUUUUGCUUUAUUCUCUUCCUCUAAAUAGAUUAGGAGGAUAUGGAGAAACAGUCUCGCUGUGCUGUGGUAAUAGUGUUGAAUGAGAUGAUGGGCACACUGAAGUUAAGGCUGUUAAAAACUAACACCAAUUUUUUUUAAGUGAGCACCCCCAUCCCCUGGGACAAUCAGUUUUUAUUCACCAUCACAACUUUUGUGAUAACUGUUCCAAAUUUUAUUUCAAACACAAAAACAACAUGCCAAAAACACAGCAAUCUUUUUCUUUGCCAGAUACUUUAAAGAUUAAAUUAGCUGUAGUGAUAGGUGUGGAAAGGGAAAUGGCUGGUGGGCAGGAUGUGGGGGGAGGCUGAAUUUUUAGAAGUCAUUUUGAAAUUCUGCACUUUUGCCUUUGGCAUCACACACUUUUUCAUUCUUACUUCUCUUCCAUAGUGACUGAAGAAUCAAAAUAAAUAAUUGAAAGUUAAUAUGUUUUUUUUUUUCUGGAGACUCUUUUUAGACAAUUGAGCCCAAAGGAGAAAAUACAGUGAAUGUUAUGUAUAGUCAGCAGGAAACAGUGUUGCCAGUAGGAGCAGGCAUGUGAUCCCUGCCCUGUACUCAGCUCUGCUGAAGCUGUGCUGCAUGUAAUGUGUUCAGUUUGGGCCCUUCACUGCAAGAAAGACAUAGAGGCCCUGGAGUGUGUUCAUAGAAGGGCAGUGAAGCUGUGAGGGGCCUGGAGCACAGGUGUAAUGAGGAGAGGUUGAGAGAGCUGGGAUUGUUCAGUCCGGAGAAGAGGAGGAUGAGGGGAGACCUUAUUGCUCUCUAUAAGGACCUGAAGGGAGGUUGUGGAGAGGUGGGGGUCGGCCUCUUCUCAUGUGUAACAAUGAUAGGAGUUGAGGGAAUGGCCUUAAGCUGUGCUAGGAGAGGUUUAGGUUGGAUAUUAGGAGAAGCUUCUUCUCAAAAAGAGUGGCGAUGCAGUGUAACGGGCUGCCCAGGGAUGUGGUGUGGUCACCAUUGCUGGAGGUCUUACUGUGGAGAUGCGGCACUAAGGAGCAUGGCUGUGAUGGGAUGACAGCUGGACUAGAUGAUCUUGGUGGUCUUUUCCAACCUUGACAAUUAUAUGAUUCUGUGGUAUAUUAUUAUAUGUUUUGAGGAUGAGUUACAGUCUCAUGAGAAGCAUUUCUAGCCAACAUAUAGAUUCAUGUAGGUAUAUAUACUUGAUAUACCUUAAGUCACAACACUUACGUUCUGGCAGUAUUCGAUGAACAAAAGGUUAAUAGAGGGGAUGAAUCUAGUUCUGUUCUAGCAGCUUUUGGUGAAGUCACGUGCUUUUUGCUUUUAGACUGCCUUUGCAAAUGGGAGGCUAGUGAUUUGAGUCUUUUGUAUAUCCAGAUGUAUACACACUGAUUGGACAGCUGUCAAAGCAUUAUUAUGUGAGCUUUUAUAAAUCUGGCACUGAAGGUAAACUCUGUUCCCCUACCAUGCUGGCACUUGCUGAGGAGCUGCUGCAUUACAGUGGUGUGUGGUGCAUGCAAAGUGAUCCCAUUACACAACACAGUGUAAAGGCAGAAUGCGGACUCUUGCCAAGGAUGCUCUGAGCUGGAGGUCAGUUUCUGUGAGUUUGUUUUCACAGUAUUGUCACCUGCUGAAAACUUCUGUGUGCACCUCUUAAUAAGUUUUAAGUCAUCCCAAUACAUUUUGGGAUAUCCAGAAAGGGCAUUGAAAAUGCCAAUUUUCAUUGAAAACAAACACUCCUACAAGAGGGAAGAGUUUCCUCAAAGACUUUUUUUCCUAGCUUUUUUGCCCCUGGCACAGAAGUAGGAGAACAUAAUGUUGGUGAAAUGUCAGUGUUAGGAGAGUCUGUUUAGGACCACUGUGACUCUGUAUGAAAAUAAGUGAUGGAGGAAUCUGGAAGCUAGGAUAGGGAAUCUGUUUGCAGUACAAAUGAGCCAUGCAGCAUUUAUACACACUGUGCUUGGGGUACUGGAUGGAAAGAUGAUUUCUCUGCAUCAGAGGUGGUUUUCUGUUGUAUAACUGCACCACAUCAGCUGCAGCAUUUUCUGCCAUAUCGACAACAUCUUUCUCAAUCUGAUGCCAAUUUUUCCAAGGUCUUUGUGUUUGUAGUCUUGAAAUCAGGAGGGAGACAAUGAGAGUAGCUGGAGUGAAGUAAAGGAGAAAGAGAAAAAAAGGGAUUGGUGGCAAGAGCCGUGCUGCAAUGAUGCUUUGCUGGGAAAUAUAGUCCCCAUGUCUUGAAACUUUUCCUCUCCUCUUCUCCUAUAGAAAAACAUGUUCCAUGGAAGAGGACUGUGCCAUAGCAUGACUUUUGCUAACUUCAGUCUCCAUUCUGCUGUUCAUUUAAAAGUGGGAGAAACACUGUGAAUGUAACCUGGAAGAAUGGACAGUCCAGCUCACUCCUUGGUCUUUUUCACUCUGUACUUAGUAUCAUAAAAUAAUAGAAUCAUAGAAUGGCCUGGGUUGAAAAGGACCGCAAUGAUCAUCUGUUUCAACCCCCUGCUAUGUGCAGGUCACCAACCAGCAGACCAGGCUGCCCAGAGCCACAUCCAACUUGGCCUUGAAUGCCUCCAUGGAUGGGGCAUCCACAACCUCCUCAGGCAACCUGUUCCACUGUGUCACCACCCUCUGGGUGAAAAACUUCCUAAUA